CGUCGUCGUCGUCGUCAUCGUCGUCAUCGUUGUCGUCGUUGUCGUCGAUAGCUGCCACAAAUACGACGGCGACAACGACAAUGGCAGAACCGAAGUCGCAGCAGCAACAAUCGUACUAUGAGCACAGCGUUAAUCAAAUUCAAUUACCCAUUGAUAUCUCGCUAACCGCGGCGACGCCGGUCUAUAACAAGGACUAUUCGACCGGCGAAGAAUAUGAAAACUCAAGCGAGUACGCUCAGAAGGCUUGUAAGACCAGCAGCGGUUCGCGGCCGCGCAGAGUUUCUUUUGAAAAAUAUAAUUUCCCGCGCAAAUACGACGGCAAGGAACAGUGGACGAGCUCGAUCAAGGACCUCAGCAAAUUUGACAUUUCCACGCAACUGUCGCUCAGGAAAAAGCAACAAUUGAUUAAGGAACGUCUCACCAGACUUCGUCAGACGCUGUCGGUUCCCUGUGAGACCACGGACGUGUCUCUUCGGGAUAAGGAACUUGAACCCGUUGUCAGUGCGGGUAAUCAGGACAAGGCCGACGGCAGCUGCGAGUUGAACACGACUUCCACAAUUCUCGACACUGUCUGCUGCGAUUCUGUUGAACUACCUCCAAGCGAAACCAAGAAAGAAACAGAAGAAUUGUCGCUAUCCGCGACUAUUGGUACAGAAUUCAGUUCUGAAUUCGCCGAUUUUAUGAGACUGAGAAAACGUGAACAAAGCGACGAGAUCACUAUCGCUCGGGAAAGUGCUUUCGUAGAACUGAGCGGCGAGUGGUCGAGAAAACGAAUCUACAUUUGUGGCGCUUGCGCUUCCAAACACGUAACGCUGAAAGAGAUGGAAGAACACAAGGCUUUGGUGCAUCCACGUGUUCUAUGCUCGCAUUUUGAGUUGGUCGACGAGCAGCGAGAACACUAUCAAUACCUGUAUCUGCCAGGGCGAUGCCCGGCUAGCGACGAGGCGCAACAUGCUGUGCCGACGGAAACUGUGUGCACCAAGUGCGCCAAGAACUGCCUGAGUGUGGCCGAGCUGCAUCGGCACAUGUUGGAGUGCGGCGGCGAUCAUGCCUGGUUGCUCGGCCUCACCGGAAGCGGAAAGAAGAAAUGCAAGUGGCGGCCGUUCGGCAGUCGCAGUCGUCGGCGACGUCAGCGCGGCAUGAAGAGGAACAUACAAAACUCUCAGACGCCUCAACCGCGCAUCAGAGAGAACGUGGAUAGACCCAAAGAGAAACAGACGACACCGACCGGACCCAGAAUUCGACCAAGUGACCGUGAGAGUAUUCAGAAAAUGCUUGCCAAUCUACCACCUAAAAGGACUACGAGGAAAGUUUUGCAGGAUAGUGCGAUACGAACGCAGGGAAAACUACGAAAUGUGCAGACCAGAACGAGAUCUCAUAUAAUCGGCGACGACUCGUCACGAAUUUCGCGCAACAAAGCCGCUCUGAGAAACAAGUUGUUGAAGAACGCCAAGUCGAUCCAACGUAAUCGGUGUCGAAACGAUAAUAUCACUGCGGCGAUCGAAAGUGUCGUGAGGAAAUGUCAUGAAGUCGAGAAAAAAUCGAAUGGCAAUAGUGAUAAGAAUGCCGAAAUCGGUGAUGAAGGUAAGAGAGACACCAAAGAGAUAAACGAGAGCUCAUUGAGGACCGUCGAUAACAAAAUUUCGAAUGUGGACAACAAGAUUGUUCGGCCAAGACUCGUUGGACGUCCGAGGGUACUCGGCAAGAAGAGAAAUGUGAAAACGAAAAUGGGAUUGAUCGUUACUUCACAGUUUCCGAGCAAAAGCAGCGACAAGCUGGCGAAUGUGAAAUCCAAAGGCAAGCUCAAGUGCGUGACUACGUUGGAGACGAAGGACGAUGCGAACGACGAGGAAACAUUCUCUCCAAAGAAUACACCAAAGAAUACAAAGACGAUUGUGAGAGCGAUCGAUAAAGAUGGCGUCAGUCCCGACAGUAAGAAACCGCCGACUCCCGGCAUAAAGAAUAAGAAUAAAUCGGCGCAGCGCAUGUUAAAGAUGAAACGUUCUGUUGACCCGGUAGCAUCUAUGAACGCUUCUAUCAAGGCAAAGUCUCAACUCCGUUCGCAAGACGGCAAGUUUGCCCGCAAUCCAAACAAGGAUUCAUCGGCAAAAAUGUCGGAAGCGAAAACUGACGAGGGGAAGCAGAAACCUGCUGACUCUACUGAAAUCAAAAUAAAACUCAAGGCGACGCAAAAGUCAAAGAAAACCGAGGUGCAACCGCCGCGAAGAGUCACUCGGUUGUCAUCGGACAGUGACAAAAUGCCGACUUUGGAACCAGUCGCGCAGAUCGUCUCUUCUAAUGAAGAAUACGCCGACAAGUCAGCAAACGAUUUGCCUAUUUUAUCGCCGGCGACAUCGUCGAUAUCUCUUCAGGAUCAGAAAGCGUCACGAAGUUCUAUAAAAUGCGUCUCAAAAGAGAAAGAAGAUAACAUCGAGGCUGACAGUAAUGUUGAGAUUGUAUCAGAAAAAUGUACAAAAGAGCAAAAAUCAACGAGAGGAAGAAAACCGAAACAAGAAGCGAGAGAUAUAACGAAGCGGAAGGAAAUCGAUACGUCCAAAGAAAACGAGGAUUUCAAGAAUAAAAUGCCGAAGCAAGGAAGAACAAGGAGCAGGAAGAGCUUACCUGUCAAAAAUACCAAUAACAGCGAAAAUAACAAACAAGAAGGAACAUCCAAGGAUGAGACGAACACCAGAAGAGAAUUAAAAUCAAAGAAAGAAGAAGGGACGAAGGAAAUGCGAAGCACCUCGAAAACGAAAACAGAAAAAGAUUCCGUGACACGAGACAUUCCGUUCGAGGUGAAGAAGUUGCUGGGUUCGGUCAGCACAGAGGAUUUACUGAAUACGCUGGAACUUGCAUCUAACGACGCCGGCUUGAAACGUAGUUUGAGAUACUCGACACCAAAAUUGAAAACACCUCAAACAAGCGACAAGAUUACGCGGGAAAUCGAUGAUGAACAGGACGGCUCGAAGGGUGUAAGUAAAAAAGAAAAAAUUGAGACAGUCAGAAAAUCGUCUAGGAAGAAUAUCGAGAAAAAGAACGACGAUAAAGUGACCGAAACAAUCCAGGACAAAGAUCCUGUUAGUAACGUGUCGCAGAAUGAAAAAAAUCAUGGUAAAAGAGAUAGUCGAGCGAGUGUGAAAGCAAAGGAGAUCAGCGACAGUUCGGAUGUCGAAACUAAAAUCGACAACAAGCAAACGAGACGAUCGUUGGUCGAUGUUAAAAGUGAGUCUUCCUCAGAAAUUCGAAAUGAUAGCUUCCGAAAAGACAAUAGCUUGUCGGGAAAACGUCGCAGUCGCAACAAAUCGAGUAAUGAAGCUGAAGAAACUAACGCGCACGCGAAAGAAGAACAAAACAACAUUGAAAAUGUUACAUUUAACGAAAAACAAGUUGAGAAAGAAAUCGACGAAGCAAUCGAGAAAAUUGACGAAAACAAAAUCGAUGACGCUAAUAGUGAUAGUAAUACCGACAAUCGUUCGGAUUCGGCGAUGACGAACAUAAAUUUAAAUCAUUUGCAGUCGGAAACGAAUUUAUCCGUCGACAGCGGCAAAGAGAACUCACUUGAGAUCUCUGUGAGCAAAUUAAAAGCAACGCGGCCUAAGAAAACGUGGGGUGUUCGCCGCGAGAGAUCAUCGAGAAAGAGAUCUCUGAACAAUGUAAUCGGUAUUUUGACGGAAGGCAUGAACAUCCCGAUAGAGGCGCAGCAGCAGAGCGUGCAGGUGCUUACGGUGCAGACUAGUCUGGAUAAUCCGGAUAGAGUGACGCGCAACGGAAGCACGCAACAACCGAGAGGCGGCGAAGGCAACGUAAUCGCAGCGGACUCGGCGUUUAAUGAGUUACCGGUUCUUGCUAGAAGCGAGCAGGAAUCCUCAGAGAAUGCGAUCGUUACAGCAACAAGCGCGACUGAUGACCACCAUGCGAACGAUGAAAAGAACACUCGUUCCAGUUCCGAGAAGGUACAAGAUGACGCUUUUGUAGCUCAGAAGAGUGUGAACGCUAAGGCGCGAUCGCCAGCUAACGACAUUAUUCUCGAUCUAUCUAGACGAAAACCAAAGGGCAAGGGUUCUUUUCUGGAGAAGAUUGUAUCGAAGAUAGCCAAACAGAAGGACGCUAUGCUGGAGAACGAAGUAGGUUCUCUGCUGGAUUCCGCGGCUGAAGAACUGACCAGUAUUCUCAACGAAGUUGGACCUACUUUAGUUGAUAAUGCGGAGAGCGAAAAUGCCGGCGAGACGCCGAGCCACGCUUUGGAAAAAGAUAAUAAUAAAAAUGCGAUAAACACAUCUCACGAUAAAGAAUCGCCGAUUACUACUAAUCUUAAAGUUCGCCCGUUGGAAGACGAUAAAAUUAAUGUCGAAAGUGCCGCUCCCGAACGUUCUAAUGAUUUAAUGCUUCAAGAUAAGGUUCAAGAUAACAUUGAAGAGAAUUUGGUAGUGCAGAUUGAAACGCAGAUUCAGAGCGAGAAAGAAGUUAAAAUAAACAGUGCCUCAAAUAUUGAAACAAGGAGCGAUGAUAACGUGGAUGCGAUACACUCUUCUGUUGACGAAUCGCAGAUCGAAUCCUGCGAGAAUAAAGUGACAACAAAUGAAGAAGCAAUCGUUAUAACAGAGGCUUCAUUACCACUGGCAAACAAUUCGACGGAAGCUUCGCCACAGAAUAAAAGUUUAGAAAAACUUGAGAAAAAGGGAAGACUUAAGAAAUCUAGAAGAAAAUCCAACAAAAGAUCGCUAGAAGACGCGAGCUGGCCCAGAAAAAGCAAACGGAAAUCGACGGAAGUUGUUGAAGAGCUUGUUGCUGAAGAAAAUAUAACACAAAAGAAAUCACACUUUGACGACACGCUCAUCUCUAAAUCAGAAGAGUCCGACGUUGUAAACGGAAUUACCGAACAAAAUCUAGAUAUUACGAAAUCUUCAAACGAAGAUGUUGACUUCGAGAAGAUUCAACACAACAGUGAGAGCAAAACUGUCGAAGGUAACUUGAAGACGUUAAGUUUGGAAGAAAACCUCGCGGAAUGUGAUGAUAAACUAAAAUUAGAGAAAUCCGAUAAUAUUACAGAAGACGCAAAAUCAGUAUCGAAUUUUAAAGAAUCCGCUGACAAAUUAAUGUCUGAACAAGAAGCUACCGUUGCCGAUGUUCUAUCGAAGGAAGUGUCGGACGAAAAUGUCGAUUCUUCGAAAUUAUUUUCGAAGAACAGCACGGAGAACGAAAAGAUCUCUGCAGAUAUAAUCAAGAAAAUGGAUCAAACUGACACGAGUGAAUCUACGUCUCGGUACACGUCGAGAAGAAAAUCGCGUCAAUCUGCAAUUUUUCCGGAAAAUACUAAUACAGAUCUUUUUGAAACUUCAAUGAAGUCUGCUGAUGAGUCUGAAAAGUCAUUAUUAUUGUCUGCUGAGGAAAAAGAUACUUUGGGAUUGACUGAUCAGCAAUUGAUGAAAGUUGGGACCAUUACCGAAGAUACAAGCGCUUUAUUGGAACAAUCUUAUUCUUCGGUGCAAGAAACAGUGUGCAAGAAACAGGAAGAAGCACAAAAUACAGAUCAUGUCAAUUCGAUAUCUUCAAAAACUAAGAGGAAACGUAGUGCGAAGAAGAAAUCAUUAGCUGACGAGCAUCUCGAACUACCCGUAGACGAGCCUGUCGAACUUAUUUCAAAGCUUGAAGAGACUGGCAUUGUAGAGUCUAACGAACAACUAUCUGCUAGCCCGGAACACUUUAAAAUACCGGAAGUGAAGGAUUUGUUGCAGAACACAAAGAAACGAGGCUCGAGGAAAAAGUCGUUGCCGGAAGAAGGUCGUUGGAACGGCGGGAAUGUUGUCGAAGAGUCACGAACAAGUGAAGAUCGCGCGGAAAAGGAAGUAUCUAACAUAGAAAAAACCAAAGAACAAGAAGAAACGGAGAAAUGCGUUAUUGAGGAACAAUUAGAUACAAAUAAGUUUGAGAGGUCGAGCUCAUCGAGUUCAAUCGAGUUUGCUUCGACUGUUACAAGAUCUCGAAGGAGGAUACAACUCUCGAAUGAAGAUCUCGUCAAUUCCGGCACACGAAAUCAGGGAGAAAGCACGGACGAUCUGUCGGAGAAUUCGUGCGCCAGCGAAUCUAGUUAUUUCAGAAAGAAGCGAUUUGCGAAGAAGAAGAGAAAGGAAAAGGAAGAGACUUGCGAUGAUGCGCGAGCAGAUUCUUUUGUUGCGGAAUCGGAAUUUUCGAAGAGCAAUAUGCAUGAAGAGAAGAAUAAAAGAGAGUCGCUGUGUGACGAGCAUCUCGAUCUCUCGGAUGUAGACGAUAUCGACGCUCUGAUGGACAUUCAAGCUUCGUUAGAGAACACGAAAGUCUUGGAGAACAUCGAACGGGAAUUCGAACUUGCUGACAAGUCUUCAGAUGUGCAAAACAAAGACACAAACAAACCUGUGACGGAUGAUUCUGUGGACGAUUCCGCGAACAAAGACUCGUCGGAAAAUGUGCCCGCGGCGUCGAACGAUCCCGAUUCUCUUGAUGACUCGGUUACCCUGAAGAAACGCGCGGCCGACAACUUUGUGGUGGUACACAAGAAGACCGGCGAGAUUAUGAUUGUGGAGAAGAGGAAGAAACUGACAAAAGAAGCGGCCAAGUUUUUCUGUGAAGUAUGUGCCACUAGCUUUACCCGUAAGAGUUCCUUGAAGAAGCACACGCUAUCGCAGUGGCAUCUGUUGCAGAUGGAAAAAUCCAAGGAUAAAAUUCAACUCGCCAUCGAUACCGUGUUCAAGAGUGACGAAGAAAUCACUAAUGCCGAGAAUGAUCAAGCGAGCGACCAGCAGAAGAGUGUUCCGGAAGAUGUCAAACCUUCUGAAAUCAUCCGGAAAUCUUUAGAGUCGUACGAAAAUUACGCGUCUUACGCAACCAGUGCUGAAUCGACGACUUCUGUGAUGAAUCUCGAAGCGGCAAAGCAGGAAACGUUGGAGGACAAGUUGUUGGACGAGGAAAUCUGCAAGAUCACCGAGAACAUGAGCCAUGACGAAUACGUUCUGACCGAUCACAUAACGCCAGAGAAGCCGACCCCAAUCAAACCGAUUGAGAAGAAGCACGAGGACUCGGUACGAGGCAAGAACGGCGAUAAAAAGCGAACCAAGAAAAAGAAGAAUCUAGCAGAUGAACAUCUGUUGUUAGAUUCUCCUGAACUGGAAAAGUCGAAAGACAUCUCGAACGAGUUCACAAAUUCGGCUAAUGACGCCGUGCGGAUUUCGUCGUUGUCUUCCAGUUUGACGAAAGAAAUUUCGGAAACGGUCGAGGAAAAGACCGAGAAUCAGGCAGAAUUACUUGUCAACUUUUUGAAUGACGCGACGGAUUGUACAUCAUCAGCUUGCGACAUCGAUAUGACAACCGAACAGCACACAGAAUCCACGAGAACUUCUAGACGCGCAAGAAAGCUCUCUACGUUGGACAACGAGGAAAAGGAAGAAAAUCAAACUUCGACCGAGUCAAGUCGGUUCAGUCUGAGACCAAGAAGAAGUAAACAUAUUCAGCAUUACGAAGAGUCUGAUGUCGAAGCUGACGUGUAUUUUAUGGACAUUUCUAUGGACGUUAGUGACGAAACAGAAAGUUGUAAUCAGUACAAAACGGAGAAGGAAACGAACGAAGAUGCCUUAUCAGAAGCUGUGCGUGUUAAUGAAGAUAAUAUCUCUCAGGAAGCCGCAAAGCCGAAAGCGACCAAUGAAACUAGAAAAAGAAAACGUGGAAGACCGAGACUUAAAGAUCAAAUUGAUACUGCAGUUCGGACGGAAUCUGAAGUCAAAGAAAACAGUGUUGUCGUUACGAGCGACAUAGAGGAAUCAAAUCUUAAGGAUCAAAACCCAAGUUCACAAGCCAAAGAGAAUCUCGACGACAUCGGCAAGCAGUUGCAUGUUGACGCGAAUAUUCAGCCUCCUAAACGUAGAGGCAGGCCUAGGAAGAAUCUCGCACAAAUUGCAGGCAGUUCUUCGGUGAAAGCAGACAGCGAUUGCUACGAAUCGUUGAAAACAAACAGCCAAACAACGGAAGAAACCGCAAAUCAGAUUGAUACGAGUUGUUGCGAAACAACAAUCGUCGAAAAAGUUGUUCCGGUUGUUCCUCUGAUGACGCCAGCCAUUAACGAUGAAAUCUUGAAAUUGCAUUUGUCGGAAACCGAGAAGAAUCUAGUAAAUGUCGAAAAGAUUCAGAAUACUGAGCUGGAAAACACUUCCGAAAAUCAAUCGAUGCAGUCGGCAGAGCAGUUUGCGAAAACAGUUGAUAUCACACUCGCGAAGGAUUGCGACAAUGCGAUUCUUGUUUCGUCGGAAAAAGACGAGGAUGAUGUUGACGAAUCGAUAUUGUCGAAAUUAAAUGCACGUGAUGAUGAUGCAGAAUUUAUAUCGCAAAACGAAUCUAAUCACGACGAAGUAAAAGAAGAUGUUUUAUCUGACUCAACUGCUAAACAACUUUCACCUGUAUCAUCUUCGCCGAUUCAAAUUACUGAAGAAGUAUCAAUCUCCAUCAAUCAUUUGCCAUCGGUCGGAGUCAAAACAGACGGACUCGACGAAGAUGAGAGUUCUGAAGUUCAAAAGCUUUCGGACAUCUCGGAAAUAUCUGAAGAGAAACGAUCAAUAACAGAAGAGGAAACGGUGAUUUCGCAAGAAAAAGAAAUUAUUGAAUCGACUCAAAAUAAAGCAAAACUUUCAGAGGAAUCAGAAAGCAGCGAAGAUGAAAACUUAUCGUCAUCAUCGAUUACUGAGAAUAACAAAUCUCUUCCCGCCGUAAAUUCUCACGAAUCGCAGCACCGGGAGACAAUAGAGAAUUUAGAGGACGACACUGCUUGCGAUGAAAAAACAAUUCGACUUGAAUCAUCUAACAAAAAGUCAUCCAGAAACUCGCAGAGCAAAGAACGAGGAUCCGAUUGUAAGAAGUCGAAGAGUUCUAAAGGAAAAAGAGAAAGAAUCUCGAUGUCGAAGAUCGCCGAACUGUCAAGCGACAGCGAGAACGAGGACGAUAAAAUCGAGUCCGCUUGCACGAAUAAAAACAAGAUCGUGAAGAGCGUGUUCGGCCGUGUGUUCGGCGGCGAGAAGAACGAUAAGAUGAAGGAGGUGCUGAAUGACUGGGUAUCGCGAUCGGAAGACGAUUCGGACAUGUCCAGGAGCGCGUCGAAUGUGAAAUCUUGCCCGCGCGGAUCGAAGAUCUCGGUAAAUGGACAUAAGAAGGACAAGAAGCGUCACUCGGACACGAAGAAGGACGUUGAGCGAGUUCACAAGAAGAAAAUCGAGAAGGAUGCCGAGGUUCAUGGAAAAUCGAAGAAUCGGAAGAAACGAGAGAAAGAUCCAGAUUCAACACUCGAAGAUCACACUGAAUUGCUCAAUCAGGCCAAGCGCAGCAGAUACAAAGAGAGUAAGAUCAAGGCGGACAAGAGAAUCCUGAGAACUUUCGAGUCGUCGAUUGUUACGGACGAAGAUGGAAAUGCGGACAAAAAUAAAGAAAUGGAAAAUCAGUUUCAAAAUGAUCUUUCUUGCGAGAAGGAUGAAGAAUCAUCAAAAAGAUAUCACGAGGAAGGAUGGAAUAAGGAGCAAACUAAGAGAAAUUUAAUCUCAGACGAAUGGGAGAAUUUUCCAGUCGGUUAUGACGCUUAUAGAAAGUCGAACAAAGAUCUCAGCCAUCGCAAGAAACGAGAUAUUAUCGAACGUUUGUCACCGUCGCAGUUUAGAGUAUUCAAGCCUAAUUGGAGACGAAGCAAGAUCAGAGCCGAGGAGGCGAGAGCUUACUGGGAUGCCGUCGACAGACAGAACGACAUUACACUUGCGUAUUUUUCGACGACCAAACGCAGAAAAUCCAGAAAGGAUAUCGGCAAAACGCAGGAUCUCAAUACGAGGAGAGUCGGCAGGACAAAAACGAACGACAAAAUCGCAAGAGAUCAUAAUAACGAAUCGCUGAUAGCAUCAGAAAAUAAAACGAAGAACGGGACGCAAAACCAUGAAACGCUAUCUGUUAGCGAAUCAAGAAAUCUGUCGAAGCAUCUGAUCGUCUCCAAAGACAGUGUUUACAACUCUUCGGUCUACAGCGAUUCGAUUGUAUCAAAGCAUAUAGUUCAGGAUAACGCGUUAUCAAAUUUAGACCACCAAUUGCCAGGUUCCAGAAAGAGCAAAAUGGUCAGCGAAGAGUGGAAACGUUCAGCGAGAAGUCUGAAGUUCAACCAGGAAGAUCUCGCAGUAAACGAUCGGCAAUUGAUCGAAAAGGACGAAGAAGAAUCUGUGAUGUCGCACAGUAGUUUAGCGGAUGAAGUAUCGCUUCUGAGAACUCAGUUGGAUGAUUUCGACAGAAAUUCUCAGACAAUUCGACAGUCCGACGAUGACAACAAUGAAGAAGAGGAAGACGAAGAGGAAGAAAACGACAAUGAUAUGGCACGACAAAGAAUGUCGCCGUUGUACGCUCGCGAUACUCCCGACAGCUCGAUAGAAAACUCUGAGGAAGAGGACGAAGAAGAAGAAAAACUUCCGACGCACGACGACAGCUCUAGAAAACCAAACCUGAGUGAAUUCUCCGGCGAGAAGAUCGUCAUCAGGUCGCCAUCGUCAGGCCACAGAUCAGACAUGGUGACGAUCGCGCCUACGGACGCGAUCGAGGACAAUGCGUUGGAUGUGCCGAGAGAGAUCGAGUCAACGACAGAGCCGUUGCAAGGCAAGAUACUCAAUUGUGACGAAGAACUCUUCGUCGAAUGUUGUUCGAGACUGAAGGCCACUAGCGAGAACGAAUUAAGAGGCGCAAAAAAGAUCAAGUUGGAUCACUCGGAGUCUUAUCAUCGACAGAACGAUCAACCGCAAGGAUUAAGGGUUAACAGAGACCGAUGGAGAGACGUGGAGAGCCAGAACAGUCUCGGUAGUCUUCUGGAGUCGGUAAACCAGAUAUGUGAACAACACGUAUCUUCUUCUACCUGGAUAUUUCAGUUGCUCGGCUCAGAAGAGAUGAACAGUCACGAUAGGAGUUAUCGAACGCACGGUAGCGAGCGUUCGAGCAGAUCGGCCAGUCCAGAUCGGGUGUCGCGAGUUGACAAUUUGUGUUACGAGGAUAGUUUAGAUGUAGCUUUUGAGUAUAACAACAAGCUACGGGACAAGAUUCAGCAGCGUAUGAGAGAAAGCGAGAAUCUGAUAGCCAGCACGUUUGGACAGAAGAUCAACGAUGAUGAUCAGCGUCAUCUCGAAAAUAACAAACGAGACGGUGUUGGUAACUCGUACUCCUCGAGCAACAUUCACGAGCAACAAUUAUCCGCCUCAAUUGGAUCGAAUAGGGAGCAGAAGUCUUCGCUAGGGCACAAGAAUAAGACGAAUUCAACUCUGGAUGGUCUGUUAGACAAGGCGCUGUCGAAUUUAUUGCACAGCAAUGGCAAAAAUGAUCAUAAUGGCUCUGCUCCGAUGAAGUUACUAGCGGAAUUGGCUUGUGCGCGAGCACCGACGUCUACGCCGCCGGAAGACGUUGCGAGCAGCGGUAAAAAUCAUCAAUCAGUGAAGACGGUUACGACGACGAUGACUGCGGGAGUUGCUGCAGCAAUGACGACGAAAGACAUCACGACGGAUUCGCCGAAGAGAUCAACGAAAGAGCUGUCGGAGACGGUAAAGAACUCGCCAACCAAGAAAACGAGGAAUCCUAUCAAGGAACUGUUCGAACGUAAGAAAGAAAUAAACGAGAGAAAGGAAUACGAACGCUCGAAGGCCGCGUUUGUAAAUUCGAACGCGCAGAAACAACGGAAGCCAAAGAAAAGCAAGAAACAACAACAACAACAGGAGUUUCCUCUGAUUCGUAGAAACGAAUGCUUUGGAGGUUUGAUGGAAAAGAAAAAGCGUCGCGGGUCUUUCGAUCGAAAAGGAGAAUCAGAAAAGAUAAAAGACGUGUACGAAUUCGACGAAGAGGAGAGUCAGAUGGCACCGACUCUGGGGAGUGUGAUGUCAUACAGAUGUCAAGUUGAGAAAAAUUACGAGUCUACUUGGAAAACAAAAAAUGACGAAAACUUUGACACUUCCUUGGAGAACGACAAGACGAAUUAUAUUGUGGACGUUAAUAAAUCGAACGCUGCAAUAGAUCAUAAGUUCUAUGAGAUAGAGAAAUUUGCGCCAAAGACAAAGGGCGCUUUAAAGUCAUUCCAGAGCGAAGAACAACAACAACAGCAGACUAACGGUUCGAUCACCGGUCCGAUGGACGAGUUCGUCGAGAGGAAACAGCAACGCUUGAAACGGUCCACGGAGCAGAACGUCAAGCAAUCCAAACUUAAGAAACGAGGUAAAAGUUCCAAAAAACGAGCGAGAAAUGCGUGGUAUGAGAACGACAGCUCGGAUGAAUUCAGAACAGCUGCGAAAGCGGAAGAUGUCGGCGUCGGUGUUGGUAUCUCGAAGAGUCAACGCACGUGUUCGAAGGGUAAACAGAAUCUCUUCGCGGAAUUGUCGACAUCCGAGAGCGAGUACGAGCGAAACGAUUACGAGAUCGCGAGUGAACGACGUUCGUUGAAGUCUAGAAAGAGUCCGAAGAAAUCGCUUGACGUGAUUGAUGACGCGAAUCGUGAUCAGCACGUAAUCAAGGAUUUCGACUUCGACAACGGAGAUCAAGUUGCUAAUGAUUGGCGAAAUCGAGAAGUGCGGGAAGAUGAUAUGAAAAAAGAUCACGAUGUCGCGAAAUCGGAAUCGGAAAUGUCGGAUCAUUCGUUGGUUAUAGAUGAAAGAAAAACGAUUGACGAGGUGAGAAAUAGCGACGACGACAUGGACAAUCAAUACGAGAGAACGUUUGAAUUGGACGAUUUGUAUCGAGAAGACACUUCCGAUGCGGAAACGGAUGAAGAGAACGAGGAGCCGAUGUUGACAACCGAAGACCCGAAGAACAACGAAGUUGAAGCACAGGUCUUGGACGAAAAUGUGACUCUACAAACGGAAACGGUUUCUGAAACCACAAAAGAUGAUUAUUCGCCGGAGAACGAAUUGAUUCCCUUGGAGGAAGCUUUGGAUAUCUUGGAUGGACAUGAUCUUGAGUCUAAGAACGUGCAUGCGGAAGUCCAAAUGGAUAACAUUAUUAACGAAACUGCGGAAAGAGUGGACGAAACUUCGAAUGAUGGAAUCAUUAAUGAAGAAACGGAAAACAAACAGCUGAGUCUCCCGGAAAUACAAAAUGACAAGGAAGAACCGGACGACGAUGUUCCAACGUUACCCGAGAAACUCUCGAGCAACGAGAAACCACAGAAACAGUCUGACAAUCUUCCUCUACAUGUGUUUCUUAGUAGAAAAGUGCAAGAGUCAAAGAAGAGGAAACAACAACAGUUGGACAAAUUGCGGGAAGAACAAGAGAGAAUACUCAUGGACUUACAACCGACUAGGAGACAAAGAAAGUGCGCGAUAGGCAAGCAAGGAUUGCUGGCAGAAAUAAGCAGCUCGGAUGAGGAAACAUACGUGCGAGAUAAUAGAAAAGGGGAUCACGAUAAGUCACGCAAAAAGAGAGAAUCGAAGGAAAAGAGGAAGGAGAGAUAUCUCGAGAAGAAGCACGAGCAAAUGAUCGCGAAAGAGCAAAAAGCGAUUGAAGAAGAAAUUCUAAGAGAGGUUGGUAAGAGAAAAGAGGUUCUCGCGCAAAACACAAACGAUAGCGCAUUGAACAACGACGCGACGGAAACUAACGUCGUGUUAAAGCUAAAUCAAGAGAAGAGACACCAGAUGAAAGAGAAGCAAAGAAAAAGCGGUGACGAGAAUACUGAAGAGAUAAUCGGUCAGUCUCUUUUCAACAGUUUAGAAGAAAUUAAUAAAUCGGAAUGUGCUUUCCCCGCCACGGAGAGAACCGUGGAAAACGGUCUCUCGCCAAUUUCGGAGAAACGAAGGAAACUCUCAAAAUUGCCAUCCAAGCCAAAGAAAGUUUCCAAAUCCGAGAACGGAAAGACUUCAGCAAGUAAAAAGAGCAAAGAAUCAGCCGAAAAAUCGAAGAAGACGUCCACGGGUAAGGAUUUGAAAGAGCGCAAAUCAUUUAGCGGCAAACGCGAUUCCGACGAUGAAGAAUUGAAGACUACAAAGUCGUGGAACAAGGUCGAGGAAGGUGUCGGAGUCGCGAUCGGACGGCGAAAACGUACCGCUGCUCUUCAGUUAUAUUAUUGGUCGAGCUCGAGCGAUGAGGAGGAAGCGCCGGAACCUAUUCCGGCGCCCGAAGAAGAGGAGGACGAUCGGCAAGAGCAGCACGGAUGGAUAGUAGGCGAUUCCCACAAACGAAUGAUAACGAUGCUGGCGAUGGAGAAGCAGCUAAAGGAAAGACGUCGCAGAAGCGAAGAUGAGUUCGAACUUGGUAAAUCGAAGAGCAAAAAGCAUCGGAACAGUACCUCUUGAUACGUGUUUCAUGAUUAAAGUUCUGAAACAUGUAUUAUCUUUCAAUAGACACAAAGAGUGCGACACUUGAGUUUUUUUUUUUUUUUUUUCUCUCUCUAAGAUCGUGAAAGAUGAAAAGUAGAAAUAUAAGAAUUUUGUAAAUUUCUUUCGAAGAAAAAGAGAGUUAAAUUGAAUUGUGUUUUAUACGUUGCAAUCGAUGACGAUUAUGUGUAACAAUUUGAAUAGACGCGUUAGAAUGAAAUCUACAAAUUGUUUGUUGUGUUAGAUUCCAGUGUUCUCUUUUUCUUCUAUUUUGUAAUCAAUAUUGAGCGAAUAGAAGUGGUGCAAAUGCAAGAAAUGCGAAGAAAAAAAUAUAAAAUGUAUAUAAGUGCUUGACGUUAAAGUAUAAAGAUUAAAAAAUCAAUAACUCGCGUCUCGUGCGCCAAGGAUAUAUAGUCCGUCACAAAAGUCUACGUCUACAUCUAAUAACAAAUUAAAAUAAUUUAAGAAUACAUAGUAUUAUAGGAUUGUUUAUGUUUACAUAUAUAUAUAUAGACGUACAAUUUCUUUAAAAUCUAACAUUUGAUGCUUCCACAAAAGCAAAAAUUUGUGUACACGACGACAUAUUUCGAGUUGGAGCCGCGUUUGUGUUUAAUGAAGUGACGUAAAAUGUUCACGAAACAUUGAUAUGAUAUAAAUGAUUGACCCGGAAACCAUAUAAAAGAAUUUGCUUUACAAUUUACAAAAAAAAUUUGAAAAUAGGUAAAUAUCUUUCAUUUUUCUGUGAAAUAGGCUCCACAUGCCGUCAUUGAUGCUAAAAAAGAAAAUUAACAAAAUAUUAAAACAAUAAUAUAAACAUUGUUAAUAUUCCUGUGAUAUCUAUAUGUAGUAAAUUUUUGUAAUAUUAUUUCGUGUUUAUUGAUAAUUAUUUAUAUGUAGUACAGUUUUUGUAAUAUUAUUUUGUGUUUAUUGAUAUAAUUUUUUUGUAAGUAAAUUUAAUAAAUGGUACGUAAUUCCUAAAAGAUUCGAAGCUGUCGUAAUUUCUGUGUAAUAUUACAAAUUUAUUAGUAUAUGUAGACUUUCGUGUGACCGACUGUGUAUAGUAUAAAUAUAAUAUAUAAUUCUUUUGCAAGAUUUUAUAUAUGUGGUAUGUAUAU